CAAUUCAUAAGUGAAAAAUGGCAACCAUGAAGAUUCUCAUGAUGUUAAUGGUGGCUGCAAUUUUAUUUUGCAACCACCAACAAGCGGUGGUGGCGAGAGAAGUCGACGUGGUCGUGGACGAUCAUUGUAACGAGUUACAAAGCUCCGUAUUUGACGCUCUAUGUCAAUAUUGGCCGUGGCCGUAUCCAUGGCCAAAACCAUGCCCUCCUCCAAGGCCACGACCAUGCCCUCCUCCAAGGCCACGACCACGACCACGACCAUGCGCACCACCACCUCCACCACCACGCUCGCCACCUCCUCCACCACCACGCUCGCCACCUCCUACACCGUUUUCGACCUGCUCGGCUAGUGACAAGGAAAAGGUGAAGAAGUGCAUGUUCAACACAACUUCAAUUGAUGAAUGUUGCCCGACAUUCAAGAACAUACUCGGCACUAGUUGCCCUUGCUAUAAGUAUGCUGAGGAUUUGGACAAUCAAGUCUUGAUCACUCUUGAAGCUUAUUGUGAUGUCGAUAGCCCUUGUACGGGCGUGCCACCACCGCCACCAAAACCGAGUUGCUCGGCUAGUAACCAAGAAAAGGUGAAAACGUGCAUGUUCAACACAACCUCAAUUGACGCAUGUUGCCCGACAUUCAAGAGCAUACUCGGCACUAGUUGCCCUUGCUAUAAGUAUGCCGAGGAGUUGGAUAAUCAAGUCCUGAUCACUCUCGAAGCUUAUUGUGAUGUUGAUAGCCCUUGCAAGGGUGUGCAAGUGAUUUAAGUUAUCCAAGAUGAGUGAAGAUGAAGUGCUUAAUGCUUAAUUCAAGAUAUUGUAUUAGAUUAUUUGCUGCUAAUUUCUCUUUCUGUUGAAAAGUCUCUAGCUAAUUAUGUUUUUACUCUUUCCUUGUUGUAAGACUUUUUAAUUUCUAGGGGUACAUUUGCAAUGUUGUGUUUCAGUAAUUUAGUACUAAUAAAAAUAUAUUUUGUGCUCCAA